CUCGGUUCUCUCUGGGGAGCCAGCUUCGGCCAACAAGGCACAAUUGUACGAUUAGUCGUUUGAGGGCGCGGGAUUCAAUGCAACCGCUCGGGAGAGCCCCAUCUGCGUCAUUGACAUAUUCGCAUCGCCCACCAGAUGACCUGUGAUCGUUCAGGGCGUUUGGGGAUAGCGAUCGAUGGCUGCGCCAGCGCUCCAAAGGCCGCGUUGCUUGCAACAGAGCCACCUCUCGCGCCUUUCACCCAGAAAAGCAGUUGUUUCGACGUCUGGACAAGCUACAGCCAACCAGCAGAGGCGACUCGGGAAAAUCGGCGUUUCUUGUCGCCCUGGUCCAUUCCCCACGCCGUCACCAAACCUAGGGAUGACGUCGAUUGUGCCGCGGUGCCGAGUAGUGGUUACAGACACGGCCCCCUUGCCAAAGCCGCCCGUCUCCAGCACCUGGCGAACGCUUCGACUGGCACCGAGAUCUUCCUCGCAAGUGCCUCCGCUGAACGGCCAGACAGAGACUGUCGCAUCAUGAUCGCCCGUCGGCCGCCUUGGUCGCACUGCCGAUAUCACCGCGCAAUGGCCCUAGGGCUAGGGAUUUCCAGCGCCAAGGGGGUACCCGGGUCGUUUUUGACAUUUUGGUGGGCAGGGCGUCUGAAAAUUGAGUUGAGCUCGGCAAACCGGCUCUGCGAUCCCACUAGCCCAGCAAUCUAUCGAGGCUUGCAACCCGCAACAGCGCGGAGGUAACCCGUCUGAGUUAAGGUAGCCCCAGAAAUCGACCAAAAAGUCCUGGCUUUGUUCUGCGAUUGCUUCUUCCACUCGCCAAGAUCCCGUCUUUUCCA